CACGCUUUUACGCUUUUUGGCUGAAGAAGUGUCUUCGUUCUCUCUUUUUUUUCAACUAACUUUGCUACAUACUUCAAAUGGCGGACCGAGCUGCCGAAGGUGAACGCAGGGGCGGACGUGGCGGCUUUGGCGGCCGUGGCCGUGGCCGCGGUGGUGACCGUGGCGAGCGCGGACGUGGCGCUCGUGGCGACCGUGGUGCCCGUGGUGGCCGCGGUGCCAAGGAGGAGGACAAGGAAUGGGUUCCCGUUACCCGUCUUGGUCGCCUCGUCCGUGAUGGCAAGAUCCGCUCGGUUGAGCACAUCUACCUGUUCUCGCUCCCUAUCAAGGAGUACCAGAUCAUGGAUCACUUCUUCGGUGGCAAGCUGAAGGACGAGGUCCUCAAGAUCAUGCCCGUCCAGAAGCAGACCCGCGCCGGUCAGCGCACCCGCUUCAAGGCCUUCAUUGCCAUUGGCGAUUACGACGGCCACCUCGGCCUCGGCGUCAAGUGCGCCAAGGAAGUCGCCACUGCCAUUCGCGGUGCCAUCAUCAACGCCAAGAUUGCCAUCAUCCCGAUCCGUCGUGGUUUCUGGGGCACCAAGCUCGGCAACGCCCACACCGUCCCCAUGAAGGUCCACGGCAAGUGCGGCGCCGUCCACGUGCGUCUCAUCCCCGCUCCCCGCGGCACCGGUCUCGUCGCUGCCGGCACCGUCAAGAAGCUCCUCACCAUGGCUGGUGUCCAGGACUGCUAUACCUCUGGUCGUGGCUCCACCAAGACCCUCGGCAACUUCGCCAAGGCCACCUUCGCUGCCCUCACUGCCACCUCCAACUACCUCGAGCCUGCCCUCUGGAAGUCUGCUCCCCUCACCAAGACCCCCUACCAGGAGUUCUCGGAGCACCUCGCCAAGAGCAAGCGUGGCGUCUACAAGGCUGCCUCCAACUACUAAACGCAGUUUUGGCAACCCCCACCCCGUACGACCAGCUUGUGGCUCGUUCAAACCGUGUGAUGGUCUUUUGAGUUGCUGCGUUUGUGUGUGCGUUCGAUUCAUGCUUGAUGUACGACAAUGAGAAGAGGAUUCUUUUCGAGCAGUUGUUUCUUUUCAAAUGGACUUGGUUGGUGGUUU